AUGGCAGGAAUCCUGUCCUACGUCCCCGUCGCGGGCAGACUCGUGGGAUCAUCUCAGCCAAGACUCGGAUUCGUCAACAUCCCUCCAGCCCAGGUUCACCAGAUAGAGACCAAUCCGGACCGGCGGGCUCGAUGCCUCAAGCACCUACUCAAGGCAAACCACGUCAACUACUCCAUCGUGUAUAACAAUCUCCUCUCCGUCAACCACAGCCCACACCUCCUCAGCACCGCCUACCUCCUCGGCGCCAGCGAAGCCCAGCUUCACGCCCUCUAUGAAGACGGCAUCAAGGGCCUGGAACCAUGGAAGCCGUCUCCAGCUGAGAUUGUAGACCUGGACUGGGUCGACUUUCUUGGAGACAAGUGGUACCAGAGGGCCUAUGUCGACUUCUUCGAAGACAAGCUUGCAAUGACGUUUGCCUACGACUGGAAGCAAGAGGCGGAGCACUUUCUAUUCAGCGGCGAAAAGCCCUUGGUUCACGGGCUGAUAGGCGGCCUUGGACACUCGCUCGUUCAUCUGGGUUAUGCGUACGAAAUGGACUGCAAAGAAGUUGGCAUGGAAGCCCUCGGCUUGGCCUGUGUUGAGUAUGACUUUCUCCACAAGUAUUUCGACGACGCCUCUUACACGAAGCCGUGCACGCUUGCCUCGGGCUCACCAUUGGAUCUGCUCACGAAAAUGUCUGAGGACAAGAGGUUCGACGAGCUGCCCAAGAACAUCGAUGCGGGCCAGCUCGAGGCUCUCUUCGAAAAGCACGAGGAUCUCAUAAUGGAAUACUGGAACGCCUGGGAACUGGAUGAGCUGGCGCAACAGUUUCAACAAUCUCAGGAAGCAGCCGUCUCGCUGGCGGUCGCCACGGUCGGACCAGACACACAGACGUACGACUUUCUCCUUGCGCAUCUGCUGACCGCUAGCCACGCGGCUCGGAUACUACUGCCAUUCUUCCCUCCCCAACAUCACACCACCCUCGUCCGGGAAUGGUGGCUCCUUGCCAUCAUCGUUUUCAUCAUCAAAGGGCGGCCACGACCAAAGCCGGAUAACAUUCAAAAAGAACUCGGCGGCAAAGACUGGAAAUACGUGGACAACCAAGCUCUCACUUCUCGGUGGUCGACCGACGCUCAAUACAUCAAAGCGAUUCGGGCCAUGAGGGAAGCUUCCAUGACUUGGGGGGACGCGCAGCAAGAAUACAUCAGGGCUGCUGUAACAUUUGUGGAUAACUUUGGGGGGUGGAAAUUUUGA